CCCCUCCCAGUCUCCCCCGCGCUUCCUGCACUCCGGCAGUCUCCGCCGCGUCCCCCAGCCCGGCUGCUCGCUCCCGCGGUGCCAUGGCGGCCUUCAGCAAGUACCUGACGGCGCGAAACUCCUCGCUGGCGGGGGCCGCGUUCCUGCUGCUCUGCCUGCUCCACAAGCGGCGCCGCGCCCUCGGCCUGCACGGUAAGAAAAAUGGAAAACCACCAUUACAGAAAAAUGAGAAAGAAGGAAAAAAAGAGCGAGCUAUGGUGGACAAGGUGUUUUUUUCAAGGCUCUCACGGAUUCUGAAAAUCAUGGUCCCUAGAACAUUUUGUAAAGAGACAGGUUACUUGUUACUUAUUGCUGUUAUGCUGGUGUCUCGAACAUAUUGUGAUGUUUGGAUGAUUCAAAAUGGGACACUCAUUGAAAGUGGUAUCAUUGGUCGUAGCAGAAAAGAUUUCAAGAGAUACUUAUUCAACUUCAUCGCUGCCAUGCCUCUCAUCUCUCUGGUUAAUAACUUCUUGAAGUUUGGGUUAAAUGAGCUCAAACUGUGCUUCCGAGUAAGGCUAACUAAAUACCUCUAUGAGGAGUAUCUCCAAGCUUUCACAUAUUAUAAAAUGGGGAAUCUGGACAACAGAAUAGCUAACCCAGACCAGCUGCUUACACAAGAUGUAGAAAAGUUUUGUAACAGUGUAGUUGAUCUGUAUUCAAAUCUUAGUAAGCCAUUUUUAGACAUAGUUUUGUAUAUCUUCAAGUUAACGAGUGCAAUAGGAGCUCAGGGCCCAGCGAGCAUGAUGGCCUAUUUGCUUGUUUCUGGGCUGCUCCUAACUCGACUUAGAAGACCCAUUGGUAAGAUGACAAUAACUGAGCAAAAGUAUGAAGGAGAGUAUAGAUAUGUUAAUUCCCGGCUCAUUACAAACAGUGAAGAAAUUGCCUUUUAUGAUGGGAAUAAAAGAGAAAAGCAGACAAUCCAUGCGGUCUUCCAAAAACUGGUGGAACACCUACAUAAUUUCAUUUUGUUUCGGUUUUCUAUGGGCUUCAUCGAUAGCAUAAUUGCCAAAUAUCUUGCCACUGUAGUUGGUUACCUAGUUGUCAGCCGCCCUUUCCUAGAUUUGUCUCAUCCUCGACAUCUCAAGAGUACGCAUUCAGAACUUCUGGAGGAUUACUACCAAAGUGGAAGGAUGCUUUUGCGGAUGUCUCAAGCUCUGGGUCGAAUAGUUUUGGCUGGCCGUGAAAUGACUAGAUUGGCUGGUUUUACUGCUCGGAUUUCAGAAUUAAUGCAAGUAUUAAAGGAUUUAAAAACUGGAAAAUACGAACGCACAAUGAUCUCUCAACAAGAAAGGGGUACUGAAGGAGCACAAAGCAUUCCCUUGAUACCUGGAGCUGGAGAAAUCAUCAAUGCUGAUAACAUUAUAAAAUUUGAUCAUGUUCCUUUAGCAACGCCAAAUGGAGAUAUCUUGAUCCGAGAUCUUAAUUUUGAAGUUCGAUCUGGGGCCAAUGUUCUAAUUUGUGGUCCAAAUGGCUGUGGGAAGAGUUCACUUUUCCGUGUUCUUGGUGAAUUAUGGCCUCUUUUUGGAGGACGUCUAACUAAACCUGAGAGAGGAAAGUUAUUUUAUGUUCCUCAGAGACCUUAUAUGACCCUUGGAACCCUUCGAGACCAAGUGAUAUAUCCAGAUGGAAGAGAAGAUCAAAAAAGGAAGGGGAUAUCUGACCUAGUACUGAAGGAAUACUUAGAUAAUGUCCAGUUGGGUCAUAUUCUUGAACGCGAAGGAGGCUGGGACAGUGUUCAGGAUUGGAUGGAUGUGCUCAGUGGUGGAGAGAAGCAAAGAAUGGCAAUGGCAAGAUUAUUUUAUCAUAAACCCCAGUUUGCCAUUUUGGACGAGUGCACCAGCGCAGUGAGUGUGGACGUGGAAGGCUACAUCUACAAUCACUGUCGAGAGGUUGGCAUCACCCUCUUCACUGUGUCUCAUAGGAAGUCUCUUUGGAAACACCAUGAGUACUACCUGCAUAUGGAUGGCAGAGGCAAUUAUGAAUUUAAACAGAUAACAGAAGAUACAGUUGAGUUUGGCUCUUAGAAUCCAGAGAACUGUACCUGCUUCAAUGAAAUAAUUACAGAACACACUUAAAAUGCAAAGUACAUUGUAAAAUAAAGUUGAGCUUUUUUAAAACCAAGCAGCAAACUAACUAAAUAUAAAAUAAUCGAGAACAAGUUGUUAAAACAUUUAAUAUUAUGUAGGAUAUUGCUAAUUGUGUAUAUGUUGGUUUAAUUAUUAAUAUCUACUAAGAAUGACCUUAUUCUUGUGGUUGAAAAACUGCCUAAAUUAACUUGGGCUUAAAUCAGUGUCACCUGAUUCACCUGGGGAUAUAAGUCAUUGAAAGUCAGCUAAUUUGACUCAUGGCUUUGUCUUUUCCUUCAAUGAAGAACCCUGUUUAAAACGUGUCAUCACAUGUCCUGUUCUAACAAGAUAGCUUUGAGUUUAAUUUUCUUGUGCCCCUGAUGGUGGGAAGCAAACAAAUCAUAGUGUAUUAUCAAAAUGUACAGCAUCAUUGCAUAAGAGCAUUUAUUACACAGCGGCAGGUUUCUUUAGCUGCCACAGUUAUACUCAUUCCUUGUAUAUGUCCUGGGGUACAUUUGACUCCAGGAAAGCCAUUUGAAUUUCCUUUGGCCAAAUAAUAAAUGUGUCCCUCUCAA